UCAAGCUGUGACUUCGCCCUCAUGGGGAAGUGUGACUAAGCACAAACUCAUCAGCUGUGGGAGGAGGCGCCUCUUCAAAAUCUGCCCCGAAGGAGAUGAGAUUGCCACUGUUAAGAAGAGUCGCCUGCUGAUUGGAAGCCGGUCCUUGAUGCCUGCAAAAAGUCUCCAGCAAAGAGGCGGCAGAGAUGGCAAUAGUGCCUGAUAAUUUUAAUAUACCAUUUUACCGGGCUAUCCCGCAAGGCCUGGAACCAGAGUCGUGGGUGCUGCUGGAAGGUACCAUUCCACCACAGGGCAAAAGGUUCUAUGUGGACUUUUCUUCCAGACAAGUUGAGGAGGGGAACAAGCCACUGAGGCUGACGGUCAGCUUUGAGGGACCCCCGUCUUCCCCAGGCUGGGUGACCCUCAACAGCUUCGCGGACCAGCAGUGGGGUGAGGGUCUGACGGUGAUGGCCCCUUUCCGGCGAGGCCAGGAGUUCAGGAUUCAAAUCAUCGUCACCCGGAUGGGCUACAAGAUCCUGGAAAAAGACAUCUCCCUUUGUGAGUUCCGCCACCGCCUCUCACCAAAGAGCAUUCGCUUCCUGGAGGUCGACGGGGAAGUCAAGCUCCAGAACGUGGCUGUCAGCUGGGAGGGCAACAGAGCACCAAGGGGCCGCAUCCUGCCAACAUUGGGCAUGGGCCGCUACGCAUAUUAGGAGGGCGCCGAGUGCAGGGGGAGCGCUGAGCCUUCCCAAAAAUAAAGGGGCACACCUUGAUGUGAGCAGGAGGAUAUUCCGGGGCAAGAAUAAA